UCCGCGGUGGAGAAAGAAGCCCAGGCCAUAGUGGAGGCUGUUAGGCACUGGAGGCACUAUCUUGCUGGCAAAAGUUUCACCGUGCUGACCGACCAGCGCUCGGUUGCGUUCCUGUUCAGCAACCAACAGCGGGGCAAAAUCAAAAAUGAUAAGAUUCUGCGGUGGAGGAUAGAACUCUCCACCUACACCUAUGAUAUCCUGUACCGGCCUGGCAGACUCAAUGAGCCCCCUGAUGCCCUAUCCCGGGGAACAUGUGCUAGCACACAGCUCGACCAACUGUACACCCUUCAUGCACAACUUUGCCAUCCGGGGGUCACCCGAUUUUACCAUUUUGUGAAAGCUCGGAACCUGCCAUACUCCCUGGAGGACAUCAGGACGAUGACCAGGGACUGCCAAAUUUGCGCUGAGUGCAAACCGCACUUCUACCGUCCUGACACGGCACAACUUGUCAAGGCCACCCGCCCUUUUGAACGCCUGAGUGUUGACUUUAAGGGCCCCCUUCCCUCCACUGCGUGUGUGGUGCAUCAGCGUGACAACAUCGGUAGCAAUACUGUGUCGCCCACCAGUGAGACCAUUGAGGAGACAUGCCAGUGGAGCAGCGAGGGUUUGGAUCAGGACCAGUGGCGGUGGCUGAAAGACCUCCUGCUCCUGGGCCAGCAACUCGAUAUCUUGGCAGCCAAGGACAAGGACUGCAGUCGCACAGGGCUGUUCCAACACCAAAUUAACACCAGAGACGCCUGCCCCAUUCACCUGCGGCCCCAUCGCCUGACCCUCAUCAAAUGCCAGGCAGCGGAACUGCAGAUCAAAGAGAUAGCAGAGGCUGCCAUCUUCCAACAGCCCGUGGACAGCCCUAGCAGUGUUUGUCAUGAAGAAAGAUGA